GCAACUACAACCGCCUUGACCAGCUCAGUUUCAACACAUGCAACUCAAGCAACUGAAACCUCCAAAGCAGAGUUCACUCAGGAGUCCACAACCUCUCCAAGCAGCUCUGCUUACACAGACACAGUUGUAUCUCCUGUGACACCCUCCACCUCUUUCCUGACUGAGGAACCAAAAAUUUCCCAAAGCAGCCCAAUUUCAACAGAUGCAACUCAAGGUACUGAAGCAUCACAAAUAACAGUGUUCACCCAGGAAUCCACAUCCUCCCCAAGCAGCCUGAUUUCAACCCAUGCAACUCAAGCAACAGAAACCUCAAAAUCAAUUGUUACUCAGGAGUCUACAGCCUCCACAGGCAGCUCGGUGUUGACUGAAACAGCUGUCUCCCCCGGGAGCUCCCGCACCACAGGUCCAACUGAGUCACCCUCAGCCUCCCACAGCAGCCCAGUUGUGACAGAAGCCACUCAAUCUCCUGAGUCUUCUCUAACAACAGUCAUCACCGAGAAAUCUACAACCUUCCCAGCCAGCUCAGUUUCAUCAGAAACUGCUGUACCUCCUGAUGUCACCCACACUUCUUUCCUGACUGAGGCACCUGCUACUUCCCAGAGUAGCCCGAUUUCAACACAUGCAACUCAAGCCAUUGAGACCUCCAAAACUGUCUUCACUCAGGAAUCUACAGACCCUCCCAGCAGCUCAGUUUUCCCAGAAACAGCUCUACCUCCAGACACAUACUUCACUUCAGCUCCGACUAAGGAAUCAACAACAUCCUCAAGUGCCCUGGUUUCUACACAAGCCACUCAAGGAACUGAGACAUCCCCAACAGUCUACACUCAGGAAUCUACCAUCUUCACAACUCCCUCAAGGUCAUCAGAAACUGCUGUGGCCCCUGAGAGCUCCCACACCACAGUCCAACCUGAGGCAUCUACAACCUCUCCGAGCAGUUCAGUUUCAACACAUGCAAGUCUACUCACCGAGACAUCACAAAUGACGCUGUUCACCCAGGAAUCCACAACCUUCCCAGGCAGCUCAGGUUCCAAAGACACAACUGUACCUCCUGAGAGCUCCCACACAACAGUCCAGUUUGAGGCCUCCACAACCUCCCCGAGCAGCUCAAUUUCAACACAGACAUCUCAACCCACAGAGUCAUUCCAAACGACUCUCUUCACUCUGGAAACCACAACCUUCUCUAGCAGCCCAAUGUUGACAGAAACCACUGGGCCUCCUCAGAUCACUCACACCACAGUC